CCUGGUGUAAGUUGUAACUGCCACAAUACCUAACUAAAUCUUACAGUGAAAUUCUGGUCUGACGCGCGUUGUCUGCUUCAUCUGGAGGUUUCUCAUUCUCCUCUCUCGACCCAAAGCACUCCAUCGUCAGUUUCUCUUUCCUCUGAUCCAAAACAGGUUUUAGUAACAUGAAUCAAGGUGGGUAUACUGUAGAAGUUACUGGCCUCUCUCCCAAAGCUACUGAGAAGGAUCUCUAUGAGUUCUUCUCCUUCUCAGGUGUGAUUGAACAUGUUGAAAUAGUCAGGUCUGGAGAAUAUGCGUGUACUGCGUAUGUGACUUUCAAAGAUUCAUAUGGUCAAGAGACUGCUGUCUUACUCAGUGGUGCUACAAUUUUGGACCAACGUGUGUGCAUAACACGCUGGGGGCACUAUGUAGAUGAAUUUGAUUUUUGGAACAGGGCUUCAACAGUGGUUGAAGAUGGAACUGAAUCAAAUGUGCUGCCACAAAGAAGUCAAUAUGUCCCUAGUGCUGGAGAAGCAAUGACCAUGGCUCAGGAUGUUGUCAAAACUAUGCUGGCAAAGGGAUAUAUACUCGGAAAAGAUGCAUUACAGAAAGCAAAAACUUUUGAUGAGUCUCAUCAAGUUAGUGCAACUGCUGCAGCUAAGGUUGCCGAGCUAACAGAGCGAGUUGGCCUUGCUGACAAGAUUUUUGCGGGCAUGGAAGCUGUUAAAGCUGUGGAUCAGAAGUACCAUGUCUCUGAUAUUACCAAAUCAGCUGUAUCAGCAACAGGUAGAACAGCCGCUGCUGCGGCGAACUCUGUGGUAAAUAGUAGUUACUUCUCUAAGGGAGCACUUUGGAUGUCAGAUGCUUUGCAUCGGGCGGCCAAAGCUGCUGCUGAUUUGGGCAGUCGGGGUGUUCAACAGUGAAGUGUACGUGUUUAACUUAGAUUGGUGUUGAAAUUUUAUGUAGAGAGUGUAACAUAUUAGUUGAUAGUUCUAUACUUUGUAUAGUACUUGCUGGUUAAUCCAAGGAGGGAAAUAAGAGAUUUAAAAGGUUUCUCAA